AUGUCUGAUAAUGAUAGUGAAAUUAUUUCCACUAAGUGUAAAAGCAAAACCAAAGAAAAAAAUAAUGUAAUAUCUAAAAAACCUAGAAAAAUAUUAACUAGCAAGCAAAAAAAAAUGUUAUAUCAAUUUGCACGUGAUAAUCCAAACUUUACUCAACAAGAAUUGGCAGAUAAAUUUGAAAUCGGUCGAACAACCGUAGCUGAUAUUCUUGCACAAUCAUUAUAUUGGCUUGGUCUAGAUGAAGAAAACUAUCCACAAUUAGAAGAAAUUCUUGCACAAUGGUUUGACCUUGUACUAGAAAACUAUUUAACAAUUAUAGGGUUAAUUUUACAAGAAAAGGCCAAACAGGUUGCAGCGACUUUAAAAAUUCAAAAUUUUGCUGUGUCUGAUGAAGCUGCUAGUGCCCCUAUUAAAAAAUUACCUAAAUUUCAUCUAUCUUUACAAAAUAAAACAUCAAAUUAUGAUUUAGUAAAUAUUUAUAAUUGUGAUGAAACAGCACUUUGUUGGCUUCAAAAUCACUUACACAUG